UUCGGAAAGACGAGUCAUGGCAGUUUUAGCGUGACGACGCUGUCGAAACUCCCAGUAUAAAAAGACACAAAGUGAAGUUAUUUGCUUUAUCUUAGCAGAAGGUGUUUAUCUAAAUGUCUGAGUAGAAGCUGUGUCACUUUCUUCUCCUUCCGGUCUUUUUCUGUGCUCGACAUGGUGGACUUGAAACAGCCCAUUUCCGGUGGUGUGCCUGACGAUGAUGGCAAGGACAAGUUUAUGAAAAGUCAUCAAGUUGCCUUUUACAGGCGGCAGACACAGGGUCCCAAAUUGCAGUAUCAAGCCCUUUUGGAUACGCUUGUCCUCACCGAAAAGGGAGCCCGCCUCGAGUUGCUGGAACCAGACAUACAGAGCAAGCUGCUUGUGUGUGCGUCGCCCUGCAGAAACGACACGGUUAGGAUCGUUAUUGACGAACUGAAGCCCAUCAAAGCGCGAUACAGGGUCCCGGACGUGCUCACCCAGGAGCCGCGGUGUGAAAAAUUCCGGUGUUCCAGCGAGGCGGUACGACGGUGUGCCGCACCGUAGCGGUCGGGACUUGUACCGCCGACCUAAAGAAGAUCCCCCUUGCAAUCACGGUGGCUCUGGACGCUCAGGUGAGAGGGGCGAGGUGGACAGUCGCCAUAUGGCGGGACCACCAAGGAGAUCCCAUCCGGAUGACUCGCAGGCAUUUGUACAACUUUGCCUUUUAACGCAGAACCCAUUAAAGCGGCAUCCCCGUGGGACGUAUAAAGUAGCAGGAGAAGGUGCCGCCAAAGGUGAGGUGUACCUGGAUGACGGCCACACCUUCUUGUAUCGCGACAAGCGGGAGUUUUGCCUGCGCUCCUUCCGCAUGCUGGCGGCACACCUGCGGUGCCGAAGCGCCGCCGGCGAAGUGGGAAACUACCAGUGCGGCGCAGCGGUGCGCUCGGUGGACAUCUUGGGGUUGCGGGCGGAGCCGUCGGCGGUGCGGGUUCACGCGGCGGGGGGUGCCGAGGGUGUCUCGGUGGAGUUCGAGUAUGACCCGGAGCAACGCAAGCUGAGCAUCGGCAACCUGGAGCUCGCCGUGGACGACGACUGGGACAUCCAGAUAUGUUGACUUCCUGUCACAGCAUUCACUUGACUUUUAAGAUUUACUUGAUGAAACUAUUGUAUAAUCUGAUUGAGUUGAGUUAUACACUGCCCAAAAAACAGAUCACACACUUAAGGUGAAACUUUCCAUUUUCCUUUAUUACAUGGAUAUCGUACAUGGUAUUGAUGAUCAUGUACGGUAAUUGCUGUAUCGUGAUAUUAUUGUGACGAUAUCGUACGCUAGUUACUUACUACAGCUAAUACGUCACACAUCCAAUAUCGGUUUUGGCCGACGGCAAAGUUACGUACUGUCGAUCUGGUAAAUGGUAUUGAUUAUCGGUUUACGUUGCUGUAUCGCGAUGGUAUCGUUACUUACUUUCUGCAAUGUUUUCAGUAGUGAUGGGCCAAUACAGUAUCGAUACACCAACAUCAAAAUAGGUAUAUUUAAUAGGUUUUCCCAUCUUCGUACGUAGCUCGCUUACAAGGUUUGGUUCCAAAAUAUUGCACGGUUGCCGUAUCACGAUAUUAUCUCUAUGGUAUCAUAUUGCUGGUGACUCCCUGCAACUAAUAUGUCAUAUUAUAAUAUGGCAUAUUAUAUUUGUUUUGCUUUUUUACUGUAAGUAAAUAUUUCAUUAACAUUUUCCAUAUCAUAAUGCUAUCGUAUUGCGAGGUACAGGUACUACUACUACAUGAUUUUCUACAGAGACACUAAUGGCAGGCUGAUAAGGUAUAGAUAGAUACACCGACAUCCAAGUCAAUAUAGAUUUAAUAAGAUGAACCAUCUUCAUUACGUAGAUAUCGUACAUGGUUUUGUAUUGAUUAUCCUGUAAUUGCGGUACCGUGAUAACGCGAUGAGAUAUUGUAUCGCUAGCUACUUAAUGGGUUUUUCUACACUGAUAGUAGCGGUGGGAUGAUAUGGUAUCGAUACCGCAACAUCCAAUAUUGAUACUGUCCGACGUCCAAUGAAAUAUAGAUUUAGGUUAGCGUGAUAUUAUCAGCUACGAUACUGUAUCCAUUGAUUGGCCAAUUAUGGCUCUUGCCUAUUUGAUCAAUUAAAUCCAAGUGGUGAUUGUUUCGUGGACAGUGUAUUACGCCUUUGGAAAUAUAUUUGGUGUUAAAUGUGUGCGGCUGUAAAUGGGAUUAUUAAAGCUGUCUCGCAUGUC